GCUAUCACGCUUCGACAGACGCCGCGUGCGUGAUGAUCGCUGGCAGAGCGCGUGACGCGUGAAGUGCUCCUGCGCAUUCAAAGUGCCCCCCCCCCCGCACCUUGCAGUGAACGGCGCGCCAUAACGACGGGUUAUAGAGGAGCCCUCUGGCGCCAGGUGAGAAGAGGUAAGUUGGUCCGUGUAAGCAGCCUUUGUAGGGGAGACGCAACUCCCAGCGCGGCCCCUGGGCGAUGCGGCCUCAAACCCGCACGGCUCCGCUCGGGACAAAACAGAGAUUGACGAUCCAUGUCCCUCCAGUCGCGUUCUUCCGUCUUCAGCGAGAGGCGCGCGUCGCUAAGUCGUCUGUCCCGAUGGAGCGCGCGCUCAGCUCGCACCACCAAGAGGAGCGGCGGCAGCAUCGGCAGCAGCAUCGGCAGCAGCAGCAGCGGCGGCGCGCAGAUGCGCAGUGAGACUACGCACGGCCCCCGCAAGUUUGUCUGUUUGGUCCACUGCUGCCGCUGCUGAUAAUCACUGCUUGUCUUACUUCUGUUGCUGCUCAUUCUACGACUGCUGCUGUUUCAACUGCUGUCCCGUCGCGACUGCUGCUGCUGCUGCGACUGCUGCUGCUGCUGCUUAAGAGGACAUGACGGACGUGAACGCGAGCGCAGGCGCGUGCGUCGCGGAGCGCAUGAACGCGUCCGGCGGCGGCAACGACUCGGGCAGCGAGGCGGCUGCCGCCCCCGUGGAGGCGAGCACCGUGGUGCUCUCCUUCAUCUACGCCGUCGUGUGCCUCGUUGGCCUCGUGGGCAACUCCAUGGUCAUCUACGUGAUCCUGCGCUACGCCAAGAUGAAGACGGCCACCAACAUCUACAUCCUCAACCUGGCCGUGGCCGACGAGCUCUUCAUGCUCAGCGUGCCCUUCCUCGCCACGUCCACCGCUCUGCACCACUGGCCCUUCGGGCCCUCGCUGUGCCGCCUGGUCCUCAGCGUGGACGGCAUCAACAUGUUCACGAGCGUCUUCUGUCUCACGGUGCUCAGCGCCGACCGCUACGUGGCCGUGGUGCACCCUAUCAAGGCGGCGCGCUACCGGCGACCGAGCGUGGCCAAGGCCAUCAACGUGGCCGUGUGGGCCCUCUCCAUGGUCGUCAUCCUGCCCAUCGUCGUGUACGCCGACACGCGGGUGAACAGCGACGGCACCGUGGUGUGCAACCUGCUGUGGCCUCGCAAGCAGUGGUCCGCCGUGUUCGUGUUCUACACCUUCACGGUGGGCUUCCUGCUGCCCGUCGUGGCCAUCUGCCUCUGCUACGCGCUCAUCAUCGCCAAGAUGCGCACCGUGGCGCUGCGCGCCGGCUGGCAACAGCGGCGGCGCUCCGAGCGCAAGAUCACGCAGAUGGUCAUGAUGGUGGUGACGGUGUUCGUCAUCUGCUGGAUGCCCUUCUACAUCGUGCAGCUCAUCAACGCGUUCGAGCGUCAGCCGGGCGACACCGUCAACCAGCUGGCGGUCAUCCUGGGCUACGCCAACAGCUGCGCCAACCCGAUCCUCUACGGAUUCCUCUCGGACAACUUUAAGCGCUCGUUCCAGCGCGUGCUGUGCCUGCGCUGGCUGGACAGGGACGGCGUCGAGGAGCCCGUGGACUAUUACACCACGGCCUUCAAGAGCGGCAGGGCCUACAGCCUCGAGGAGGACUUCAUCCAGCUGGGACAGAUGACGCUGAAAAACCUCAGUCGAAACGGGACGCUGGCGUCUCGCUCCACCACGCUGCGGUGAGACUGUCGGCUCCGUCGAGGGUCCCAAAAAGUUAUAUGCCGAUGUCGCUGCCGCUUACUGUGAAAGGCUCUUUCGUGUAUCUGGCGAUAAUUGCUUCGUGUCGUUUUAAACCCUUGAUUGCAUUGUUCACUCACACGGGUCGUUCGCCACAAUGGCACCUGCUCUUGUGUGUGUACGUGUGUACGUGUGCUUGCUGCCGUUGUGUGUUUUUAUUUAUGUAUUCAUGGAAAAUGGUUCGAAGUGCUGUGAAUUACGCACGUGCAAUGGGAGCGCGUGGUCCGUUCAUUGGCACUGAAUAGGCACCCCUUAGAUUUGGGGGUUUGAAUUUAAGUUUCAGCCUCCAGGGGUUAAAGUGUGGAUAGAUUCAGCCCGGUCACCAAUGAUUGCAACGACACAGUCGUAUUGUAUUUGCAUUGCACCUUGCAUUGGCUUAUUACAGCUAACUUUGCGUCACGGAACGAUAUGAGGUUAAGUUUUCUUCCUUCGUUUCCAUUCCAGGUCUGAGGUUUAAAAAUAGUUUCACUUCCGUGCAGACGAAGACACUAUGGGUGCGCCCCCUUGCGUGCAGAUCAAAUAGGCAACAUAUAUCGAUCUCUGAAGGCGUUCCAUUAUACCUACUUCCGCGGGCCGUUCUCUUACACACGGGGUGAGGCACUGCUUACUGCGAGAGCUCCAAAUGGGUUUCUUGGUCUCGCGACACGAUGCUGAUAGCACAUUUAGACUAACACUGUGGGGGGGGAGACAAAAUAUAUGUAUUAGAACUUAAAAUUACGAAAAAUGCACUGAGAAAAAAAUGUUUCAUUUGAAACAGCUGAAUUGUCCCAACCCCAACCACGUGUUAAUGAUCGCAUACAACAUUGACAUUAAUAUGAAUGCAAAAUACUUACAUUCCCACUGCUGUAUCAGUCAUAGGGAUUGUUUGACCACACUUCAUCACGCUGAUCAGUACGGCUUCGUAAAGGGAGUAACCCAAGCAUCAAUUCAGAUAUCACUCUCCACUGAUGUUAGCCCUGGCCAGGAAUCCAACUCAGGUCGAUGGGUUCCCAGACCAGUGUUCUAACUACUUCGCCACCAUUCACAACCUACCGUUAAUCGACAGCCCUCCCCAUUCUGUGUAACAGUCGUGGGGGGUAGUUUGACUAUACUUCACCGCGCUGGUAAAUAUGGGUUGGCAAAGUGGCAGCGGACUCAAGGGGCCCGCUUUAGACAUCACUCGUCACUGAGGUGAGCCCUCGGGAAUAUAAAACCUUGGGUCGAUGGGUUCAGAGUCAAGUGGUUCAAUCACUGUGGCACCGCGGCUCGAAUUAAGUUACUUUUGGAAGAAUUAAUCACAAGUAAUGAAAAACGUUCACAUUACAGGAGCAGAACGCGCACGUCCGUUGCACGUGACCACCCGUCUCAUCCAGCCAGCCAAACAUGUAUUUUUUUUAAUACAUAUCGGCGGUAGUAUGAAACAACAAGGGACACGAUCAGCACACGUGUGUGGCUGCCAUCAACUACAAUUUGGCGUUCUUCCCCCGCCCCGCCACUUACAUCAUCCCCCUCCCUCCACGCAUAACAGUCGGGGUAAUAAUUCAUCUUUACAAAGCGAGCGCCUGAAAGUCAGCCUCUUUGCACGAGGCUGGCGGCCACUUGCCGCGCGUAAUUGCGGUGCAGCUAGCGGUAUGCAAGCGCCGUCAAUGAGCGACCUGCAAACCGCGCGCUUUGAUCUUCACGGAUAAAGAAACCCCCGUAUAGCCUUAUCAUAUUGCUGGGGCAAGUGCUGUUAGCGAGCACCUACGAAGGCCGGCACGGCACACAGAGCAGCCGCCAUUCUAUACUAAGCGGCGGU